AUGCCUAUUGCUAACGGCACCGUGUUAAUGCCCUCCGUGCUGACCCUCAUUGGGAUCCCCGGCCUGGACACUGUCCAGUGUUGGAUAGGGAUUCCGUUCUGUGCCAUGUACAUCAUUGCUUUGAUGGGGAACUCUCUCCUUUUGGUCAUCAUCCAAUCGGAGCCCCGUCUCCAGGAGCCCGUGUAUAUCUUCCUGGCCAUGUUGGGAGCCACAGACAUUGCCCUUAGCACCAGCAUUGUCCCCAAGAUGCUCGGAAUCUUUUGGUUCCACUUGCCAGAGAUCUAUUUUGAUGCUUGCCUCUUUCAGAUGUGGCUCAUCCACACAUUUCAGGGUAUUGAGUCGGGCGUCUUGCUGGCCAUGGCUCUGGACCGCUACAUAGCAAUCUGCUAUCCUCUGAGGCAUGCUACCAUAUUCACUCGACAACUAGUCGCUAACAUUGGCGUUGGAGUGACAUUGCGGCCUGCUAUGCUCGUGAUCCCAUGCCUGCUGCUCAUAAAGUGUCGCCUGAAGCUUUACAGAACCAAGCUGAUAGCCCACACUUACUGUGAACACAUGGCCCUUGUGAAACUCGCCACGGAAGAUGUUUUCAUCAAUAAACUUUAUGGUCUCCUUGGCGCGUUUACUGUUGGAGGCCUUGACUUCCUUUUGAUCACUCUCUCCUACACACAAAUAUUUAUCACUGUCUUCCGCCUGCCUCAGAAAGAGGCGCGUCUUAAGGCAUUUAACACAUGCAUUCCCCACAUAUGUGUCUUCUUCCAGUUCUAUCUCCUUGCCUUUUUCUCCUUUUUCACUCACAGGUCUGGGACUUAUUUCCCAUCAUAUAUACACAUCACCUUGUCCAAUCUGUACCUACUGGUCCCACCCUUCCUCAACCCCUUUGUCUACGGGGUAAAGACCAAACACAUCCGAGACAAGGCGAUAAAAAUGUUCCGUUCCAGGGAAUUCCCUCAGUGGCUUAGAGGAUGA